CUUCACACCGGUCCGGGAAGCAGGCUGUCAAUGCGGUCCUGUCUCCACUUUGCUCGCACCAUCCAGGCGGACAGCAAUGUGAGAGUGCGGCUGCUGCUCUCUCCCGGACCCCCCGCGUCUCGGUAUCCGCCGUCCGCCUCAGGAUGGAUCAGAGGAUAACUGAACCGGACCACUUCAGCCCGGUUUCACUUUACGGGGAAUUCACGCUCACUGGUAACCGAAAAGUCCGGUAUGCCGUGAGCUUGACCGAGAGGGACCUCAUCGUCCAGAGACUCACUUCAACACCUGUCGGACGGAACAAGGUGGUGCUCAGCCUAAAGGACUGCGUCGGAUGUCGGGCUUAUCGGGGAGACGACAACGCGGACCCGGCAGCGUACUUGGCGGUGUACUUGUACCCGCUCAAAAAACGUUGGUGGAUGAGUUCCGGGGUGUCGCGGCAGAGAGUGGAGCACUGCUUUCGUCUCGCCGCGCUCCAGGACCCGCGCGCUAACCUGGAGGAGGCGGAGAAGUGGGCUCGCGCUGUCCGAGAACGGUCUGCCCGGCAACAGAACCGAGACGAGGUGUCGAUGAACAAGUUGUCUCGUCCGUGCCGGAUGAUGCUGCUGGUGAACCCACAAAGCGGGAAGGGACAGGCGCUCACUCUCUACAACAACCACAUCCAACGAAUGCUCAGCGAGGCGGGAAUCCAACACACUCUGGUUAUCACUGAGAGGCAAAAUCAUGCCCGAGAGCUGGUGAGGGAGGCCGACCUGUCGCAGUGGGAUGCUUUAGUCAUCAUGUCUGGAGAUGGACUUCUGUUUGAGGUGAUAAAUGGUCUGCUCGAGAGACCAGACUGGGAAGAGGCCAUCCAGAUCCCGCUUGGUAUCCUUCCUGGUGGAUCAGGAAACGCCUUGGCUGCAUCCAUACAUCACUACUCUGGAGCGCCGCAGGUGUCCAGUGAGGAGCUUCUAGUCAGCUGUGGUUUCCUGAUGUGUAAAGGUCUUGUGUCUCCUAUGGACCUGGUCUGCAUUCAUCUCUCCUCCUGCCCUCGUGUCUUCUCCUUCCUCUCGCUAGCCUGGGGCUUCGUAGCGGACGUGGACAUAGAGAGUGAGAAGUACCGUCAUGUUGGAAGUGCUCGCUUCACUGUCUGCACGUUGGUGAGGCUUGCUUCUCUCCGCGUCUACAAGGGCAAGCUGGCUUACCUGCCCGCCACCGACCUGCCCAAACACGAGGAGGGUUUGAGAAAUAAAAAGACACUGCACUGCAACAAUCAACCUCCAACCUCUGUGCCGGGUCGACCGUCCACAGUCUCUCCCCGCGUGAACACCUUCCACAACUCCUGCCACUCCAACAACUCCCUCAAAGUGAGGAAGGUGGAGAGCACGCCUUCUCGAAGCACCAACAUAUCCCUCACUGGCCCGUCUGACUCCCUGCUGCCGCCUCUGGACCAGCUGCUACCCAGCGACUGGGUGGUGGUGCAGGAGGAAGACUUUGUCCUCGUACUGGCUAUGUACCAGUCCCACCUGGGAGAGGACAUGAUGGCAGCACCAGGCUCCACUUUGGAUGAAGGUGUCAUCCAUCUUUUCUAUGUUAGAGCGGGAAUAUCACGUGCCGCACUACUGAAGAUGUUCCUAGCUAUGGAGAAGGGUACACAUUUGGCUAAUAACUGUCAACAUCUGGUGCACGCUAAGGUGCGUGCAUUCAGGCUAGAGCCAUAUACGCCCAAAGGGAUAAUAACAGUAGAUGGAGAAGUCGUGGAAUAUGGGCCAGUUCAAGCUGAGGUACACAGAGGCCUGGCGAGAAUAAUCACUGGGUGAACUGAACCAACAUUAGCUUUAGUCUCUGCUGUUAAAAGUUAUAAAUCAGAAAUGGUACGGGAGUUACAGUGAAAAUAAUAUAUUAGUUAGGAUACGACAGUCAAGUGCCAUGUGUGCAGACCCAAUGUGUUCAAUAUUUAAUAAAUAGGACAUUAAGAGAUAAAUAAUAAUAUAAAUAAAUUCAGAGAAACCAUGAAAUUGGAAAAUAACAUAAUACAUUUUUCACUCUUAGCAACAAGCUCUUUCAUCCUGCUUCUUUUCACAAUAAGUUUGUUUUUUUUAUUUCAAACUGUUUCCGUACAGUCAAUACAGACAAACAGGACAGAGUGAGUGAUCGGAUGUUGCUUCGGUCUGUUUUAGUAGACGACCAAUCACAUAACUGGCUCUGCUCUCUUUGUGUUGAUUGAGAGACAAAAAAAUUCUUAUGAACCCCCUGUAGUCUUAAAAUUAGAUUUUUGUGUACACAAAAUAAGAAAAUAUAAUCUUUCAGGGGCUGUUUGCUUUACUUGAUGAAGGGUGAACUAAAAUGGACAUUUGGAAAUCUGUUAGAAAAAAAGACAUUUAAGCUAAAAAAAU